GUGAUGGCGACAUCUAUAUCGGGCAGUGGCAAGACAACAUGGCCAGUGGAUGUGGGAAGUACUACCACAAGGGCAGUACUACCUACGAAGGCUCCUGGAAGAAAGACAUGCAGGAUGGCUUUGGGGUGGAGACCUGGGGCGAGGGCGCCCGCUACGAGGGAAGCUUCAAGGAAGGGCAGAAAGAAGGCUUCGGCAUCUACUUCUGGACCGACGGCUCCAAGUAUGAAGGAGCCUGGCGCGACAACGUGAUCGAUGGCGCAGGCCUUUACGUCGCUAGCGACGGCCGCACUUUCAAAGGGCAGUGGUCGGACUCCAUGAUCCAUGGGGUGGGAAAGUAUGAUUGGCCCGGUGGGCGACAGUGCGACGGAGAAACAGUACGGCGGGGAGUACGUGAGCGACCAGAAGCAUGGCUUCGGAGUGUUCCGUUGGCCAGAUGGUCGAAAGUACGAGGGCUAUUGGAAGGAUGGCAAGCAGCACGGACCCAACACCCCCCGAAGCUUCCCAACGAUACGCCAACUCUUGCCAAGCCCUUGGAGAAGCUUGGGAAACUUCAGCGCAAGAGGCAGCUUUUGGAAUUGGAAGUGGUGGCAGUUUUCCGGGGGGGGGGGGGGGGACUUCAAUACGACAUUUUCAAAUGCCCUUUCGAAGCUUUCCGAGAGCUGCAGCGGCCUUCGAGAGAGGACGGUGUCACCAGAAUGGCACGCUGGGAGAAUGGACGGCGUGUGGAGGCCCUGCUGCUUCAGUGCAGUCUCCGGUCAUGUGAUGUCUGCCGACGGUGGGCAGAUGAGAGUGAAAUGCCAACAGGCGACAAGCGACAGGUUUGUGCCGCUUGGGACGGAGGUGUUUGUGUCAUCUCAGCAAAGCUGAGCAUGGCUGCGAUUCUAGUGAUUCUAGUGAUUCUGAUUCCAGCGUCAGAAAACGGUCCCUGCGCGAACAGCAGGUGGAGUAGCUUCGGAGCACCUUAA